AUGGUUUCUUCUUCUCUCAUGUUGCCUUCUCUAUUUGGGGAUCUUGAUCCUCUCUUGUCGUUGAUUGCAUCCAUUGGUAUUCUUCUGUUUGUCUUGGUGUUGAUCCUUGUAUUGGAGAGGUACUAUUCGUAUCGGAAACUGUGUCAGAAAUAUGAACAUUUACCUGGCUAUACUCAAUUUCUUCCUCCCAUGGUUGCUGCUCUCCUUCCUUCAUGGUUAUUACCUGAAGGAACACUCACCAAUCCUUCUGGACAUUUUCUCAUGGACCAGAUGAAAUCAUCAACAAAACAAUUUAAAACUGAUCACUACAAAGUCAUAUUUGGAUUCAUCAAUUUGGUGUUUAUUGUCGUUACAAAUCCCGAGAUGGGUAAAGAAAUUGCAACGAAAGGAGCCAAACUGUACAAGAAGACCACUCAAAGCAAACGUACUUUCAAGGAGCUUUUCGACGGGAGUAACAUCUUUGCAGAGGAUGAUCACAACGUUUGGUCUCAUCAACGACACUUGAUUGAGCCAAGCUUUGCUCCCGAGUCGUUGCGUAUGGUUGCGCACGUUACUGAGGAGACCUUAAUGAAAGACAUGAUUCCAUAUUUGAAUGAACAUUUGAAACAAAGAGAGGUCAUGUCAGAAUUUGCCAAACUCACCAUGGAUGUGAUUGGUAAGGCUGGCUUCUCCUAUUGUUUUGAUAGUUUUCAUAAUAGUGCUUCUUCGGGACACGAAACAUUGGAACAAAAGACAAACUUUUUCCUUCAAUAUGUCGACGCUUUAAGAAUUGUACCUACUCGGUUUUUAAGGAAACAUUUGAAGGUCGGGCUCUAUGCCAAGUUGCAUGAUUCGGUCGACUCUUUUCAGCGUCUUAUUAUGGACAUCAUUCGAAAACGAGAGUUGGAGGAGGGUUCGAGUUUGAAUCAUGAAGACAAGUCAGAUAUCUUGUCCUUGUUAUUACGAGACAGAAAAAGUAAGCAACAUAAUGGAGGAAGUUUAACCGAUGCGGAAUUAGUUUCCAACGCAUUUGUUUUACUUGUGGCUGGACAUGAGACCACUGCUCGAACUCUUGGAUUUUCUCUCUAUUUGUUGAGUAAAAAUCCUCACAUCCAAGAAGAGUUGCAUCGUUUUGUAGAUACUUUUUGCAAAACAUAUAAUAAGGAAACAUUCGACUAUGAAGACUUCCAUUCAGGAAGAUUGGAUUAUAUCAAAGCAGUUUUUAGAGAAACACUCCGAUUGUAUCCAGUUGCUAUUGGAGUUGUGAGAGAAUUGAUGAAGACCAUUGAAUGGCACAACCAACCAAUUCCAAAAGGUUCACUGCUGGUGUAUUCAUGGGUUCUGUCAAUGACCAGCGAUGAAUAUUGGGAGUACCCCAAUGAAUUUAAACCAACAAGAUUUUUGCAAGCAGAAGGCAAGAGUGAGGACCCAGUUUUUGGACAAGUCUACAACCCUCAAACAAAUCCGUUUGUUUACACUCCUUUCGGUAUUGGAGGAAGGAUAUGUAUCGGAAAACACUUUGCAGAAGUAGAAGGAGUCAUUGCUUUGGCUUACCUUGCUAGAAAUUACUCUUUCCAAUUGUCAGAUCCAAAUUAUAAAUUGAAUGUCGACAUGAAAGUAACAUUGAGACCCACUGAACCCUUACUUGUGGACUUUAUUAAAAGAAGAUGA